AUGGCACCCCCGCGCCAGCGCACCACUGCUAUAGUGGACGACUCCAGGUCCGAAGCUUCCAGCGGUACAAGAGAAUACAAAUCAACAGCCCCGAGAAGCAGAAAAACAGGCCCAGCCAAGGAAAAGGCAUCUGUGACUAGUGUGCCAGUUACCCAAGAGCCUGAUGACCAACAACCAAGGGUCCCCUGGUCCGACCUCCCCCUCGACAUCCUCCACGCCUACCGCCACGUCCACAAACUCCCCACCCCCUCAGCCUUCUCAAACGAUUAUUCCCGCAUUGUCCUCUCCCAAGGUGUUGGUCUCCUCUCCCCAACAGCCCUCGCCGCUCGCCGCGCAAACACAAUCACGACUACAAACCAAAACAACCCCUCAACCACCUCCUCCCGCCACAACCACUCCUCACACGCUGGCACAGGCACAGGAAGUGGAAGCGGUAGUGGAAGUGGCAGCGAACGCGAACAAUAUACGCCAUUGCGUCGGAUAAUCGGACAAGACCGCGUGAGCAAAGAUGCUUUUGCGCUUGUGGUGCGGAAACACUUUAAUAGUGCGGGGUUAUCGGAGCAGGAGAGCAUUGCGCGGUUUCUGUAUACUGUGCGUGAAGAGCGGAGGGGAAGACAGUUUCGAUUGCGGUUUCAGCCGUAG